AUGGCGACAGCUUGGCGAAGUUGUGUCGCGGUGCUAUCGCUGCGCGGACCAAGCAGGCAGUUAUCACAACCAGAGGCCCGUCUCACCACAAGGAGCAACCACGCUCCAGCCAUUACCCCCUCGGUCACGAUGCGGUGGCUGGGGGGAGAAAACGACCGUGAAGCCUGGUUUAAAUUUGGCUUCAAGGAAGGACAGCUCUUGGAAUGUGCUGUCAGGGAUGACGCAGGUCAUACCCAAGGCACGAUAGUGGUGAAGGUGCUGGAGAAGAAGGCCACAGGUCCGGCAGGACACUUCGUGGACUGUCAGUAUCUGUGCGCCUCUGACUCCCACUAUAGUUGGUGGGCUACUGAAGGACCAGGGCAUUCCCUGAGAAAGAAGGCGACCUACCACUUCUGCGACGGCAAUUCCCACGAGUGCCAAGAGAAGUUAGGGAGGCAGAAGUUGAUCCAUGUGGAGACCUUUCGUCUUCUGACUGAUGAGGUCAAUCAGAGCAAGUCGCCUACCUGGCUUUUCACCAGGCCAUGCUUUGCCAUCAUGGAACCCCACCUGAAAGGUCUCACCAAGCCAGUAACGCCAGGUGAGGGACAUGGUUUACCCUGGGUUGGCCAGGAGGAGAAAGCCUCAUCUGAUGGUUCAGACUCCUCAGAGGAUGAAGGUCGUGAGGACAUGCGCAAACAGAUCAGUAGAUUGAAGAAGGAGCUAGCAGCAGCUGAGGAGAACUCUCAGAAGAAGGGAGACAAGCGCAAGAGGCCUGCAUCAGGCGACAAAAAGAAGAAGAAGAAGGAUAAAAAGAGACGCAGUGAGGGGUCUCCUGAACGUGGGGACGAGAAAAAGAAGGCCAAGAAAAAGAAGAGGCGUGAUGACUCUGGACCUGGCUCAGCCAGAGGGAAGAGGAAGGCUGAUCGCAGUCGGAAGAGGAGUCGCAGUCGCAAGAGGCGGCGUUCAAGUUCAGCUGACUCCCCAAAAAGGGGAAGACUGUUUGGAGGUGGCAAGUCCAGCAGCGAGGACUCCAGCUCACCUGGACGCAAGGGUGACAGGGGACCUUUUGGUGCUGCUGAAAAGGAGCGCUUUGAUGACAGAAGGCACGAAGACUCGUCGGAUGAAGGGUCAGUUUUUCGAGAGGCCUCCACCCAGGGAGCGGCGACGAACCAGUUGAAGCUGACCGAGUACAGCCAGAGGUACCCGGGUCGACUGGCCGCCAGGUUGCUUCUUCGGAUGCAACGAGAGUCGUCGUUGUCCUCGGUGGGGGCCACUCUAGGAAAGAAGAGUACGCCCGCAGCUGCUCUGCAUUACUUGCAGACAAUGAUGCUGCCAACUCUGGGGCAGAAGGUGAACGUGAGAGCGGGGCGCGAACUGCGCACGUUGUGCACGGUGUUGGACUUGAUGGCACAAGAAAAGAUGCCUCAAGCGGCAGAUAUCGUAGCCCAACGGGUAAAAGCCCUAGAAAGAGCCUGCAGCGAAGGCCUUUGGGGAGCAGCUCAAUUCUUGGAGCUCAUCGGGGGGGAGCAACAGGGUCUCCUCGAUCGAGCAGAGCAGUAUUACUUGAGCAAGGAGUUCCUGCUGGAGCAGAAGCUGAAAGGGUUGGAACGGAACAAUCCCCGGCAAGGGAAGGGCGAUCAGAAGGGCCUCAAGGGAAGAGGAGGCAAAGGAGAUCGCGAGAAAGGACCGGAGAAUUCCGUGAUUGAUGUUGAGGAGGCACGCAGAACAUGGCGUGGCACUUGGGGGAAAUUUAUGGAAAUGGAGAGACCGGCCUUGGAAGUACUGUCAGUUUUAUUUCAGAGACUGCACAUGCUGGAGAGUCCCUUGGGAAAACUUGCAAAAACCUUUAAGCAGAAGGACAUGCCUCCCAGGGCAGAUUGCCCUAAGACCCGUGGAGAUGAUCUCCUUCCCAUGGACCUCACAGCAGUGCAAGAGUACCUGACUGAUCUUCCGGUUGAUGAGGUCGAGGCCAUCAUGUUGGUAGUGCUAGGGCUGAACUACAUGUGGCUCGGAGGGCGCGAUAGUGAGCGCUAUCGGCCUGAGAGGGACCGCCUUACCAAAGCUCAGCGGCAGGCGGUGAGUCACCUGGCCGAAAGAGUCAGAGAUCUGGGCAGUGUGGACAAGAGAUGCCCUGACCUGUUGACUGGGCGGUCCCAGCUGGUUGAGGCCAAAUUUGACUAUGGGGGUGAGCCCAUCAUGUCAUUGGAAGAACUCAAGGCUGAACAAGUGAUCCCAGUAUGGCCGGCAAUUGGAGAAGCCGCCGUUCAGCAUGUCACAUCUUACCUCCCAGAUGAUCUGAGGGAGAGAAUAGAGAACCCUGAAAGCUGCCUGCUUCCAAAGGAGGACUGGCCACGCAGACCCCCAAAGAGCCUAGUCAGGGCUACGCAGGAGGAGUGGAAUGUCAUAGUCAAGGCAGCGGCAGCAAGGGGUCUUAUGGUUCCGGUUGAGGAGCAGGAUGUAUUCCGCGACCACAACGGGAUCAUGGUGCUCAAUGGGGCCGCCGGAGUCAAGAAGUUGAAAAAGAUUGGGGGUGAGAUGCGCUCAAUGCAGCGGUUCAUCUCAAACUUCAUUCCCAUCAACUCCUACCAGAAGCACCUCGAAGGCGGGGACAAGCACCUGCCUUACCUGGGGCAGCUGACGCUCUUGAACCAGGACGAAGAUGAUGUUUGGGUGGUGGACUCAGAAGAUUUUGUCUCCUGCUUCAACUUGUGGAAGCUGCCGGAGAGGUGGUUUGGGUACACCUGUUUCGGAAAGACAGUUGACGCCAAACUCUUUGGCGGAGUACCUGGCAAGCAGGUUUACCCUGCCAUGGCCGUUGUGCCAAUGGGUUGGAUCAAUGCUGUGUCAGUGAUCCAGGCAGUGGUUCGGACCUUGGUGUUCUCGGAAUCAGAGAUACCUGAGGAAUCUGAGAUUUCGAAGUUGAAGCGCCUCCCAGAAACAGAUGACCUGUCGGUUAUCUAUCUGGACUCCUAUGACGAGUUGAGGCGUCUUGACCGGCAGUGCGCCGAGGUCCUCCAAGGAGUCGCAUCACCGCGGCACAAGAGAUUCCUGAAGGUUUGCCAAGAAAAAGGGCUACCUCUUAAUGAGGGCAAACGUCUGGUAGCAGCAACGAAAGGGACCCUCCAAGGAGGAGAAUUGCAAGGAAAAGAGGGCUGGUACAAGCUCGCGGGCGACAAGCAGAUCAAUUUGGUUGGCCUGGGGAGCUGCCUGCUCGGGUUGCCAGAAUGGAGAGAGUUUGAUGUUCGUCACUUCUUUGGGAAGGCCAAGAAGGCGCUAUGUCCUACUCCAGGCGCCAUGGACGAGGUCAUCAUGACGAUGGCAUUCACUGCGCUGAUGGGAACGUCCCUGAAGAGCGAACUGGAGAAGUUCAUCUACUGUUCAGAUGCUUCACCCUCCGGAGGAGGAGUUGCAGUGUCCAGCCAAUUCAUGGAGGAACCCUGGACCGAAAGACACGAAGGAAAGGAAUGUUGGGUGUGCCAGGGACCCUUUGAUCCCGGGUUUGAAUUUGCAUGCCCAGCACUAUGCCAGGUUGCGCUGUGUUCACUUCAGUGCCUCAUGGACCACCGCAACGGGCGGUGCCCUCCCGCCAGGGUUUGCAAGAGGCGGCACCUGGAAUUACCUCGCUUUGGCGAGAGGUUUGCGGGCAAGCAAGCUCGCCUCACAGAAGCAGUGGCCAUGGCGGGAACGAUCGAUGUCCAGGAGCCCUAUGACUGGCAUUGGGGCCAUGAUUUCUUUACCCAGGAAGGGAAAGACCGCCUGGAGGAAUUGAUGACGGACCCGCUGCUGGCCGCGGAGCAUUGGGCCCCUUGCUGCAAACUUUUCAGCAAGGCCAGAGGGAGACCCAUUAGACUGGAGGAUGGGACGGUGAUCCCAGGACCACAACCGGUGAGAGAUCAUCGGCAUCUGAUGGGAUUCAACCAUGUGCCGGUUGGCAUGAAGGUGCGUCUCAGACACUCAAACCAGAUGGCCUUGAAAAGCCUAAAGGCCUUGGAGGACGCACCACGCUCAACCCUCUAUGAAAGUCUUGAGCAUCCUCACGGGAGUUGGCUGUGGGAAUUUACGCUCGCAAAGAAGUUGCUCGAAGCAGGUUUUCUGCAGUCCACGGGCUCCCACUGUUGCUUCGGAGGCCCAAGAGAGAAAUGGUUUGAGUUCCGAAACAAUAUCCCAGGGGUCCAUCGGCACAUCAAUCGGUCCUGCCCAGGGCAUGAGGGUUUGAAGCCGUACAAGGUGACCAGAGACGAGGAUGGAUACCUGGUGUAUGACACGGCAGAGGAAGAGCAAUACCCUUGGGCCUUGUGCAGGGCAUAUGCAAAGGGUCUCAAAGAACAGCUGAUGGAAGAUGGCCAUUUUGGCCGAGUGUUUCACAAGCACCGAGUUCGGUGGUAUGCUGAGGAGCUGAAGCAGAGUACUGAAAGGCUUGGAGAACCGCUGGUUAAUCUUGCGGCUGCCGAAGAGUUGGCCCGGUGGGAAAGCAGCUUGAAACAGGGGGAAGAGGAACUGCACCUCCGCAAGCUGUUGACAAUGGCCUCUUACCGCGGCACUGACAUCCGCGCGUAUGUGACUGUGGAAGAUGAGGAUGCUACCCGGCAUGAAAUCCCUUACCCGGCCUUGUGCUGGAGAUGGAAAACGUUGAUGGCGUUUGCAUGGGAUCGCGAGGCUCACAUUAACGAAUUGGAGCUCGCCACUGUGGUAGCCCUCAUCAAGCAUCGAGGACGUAGCAGUGCCCAUUUCCGCCGGCGCUGGAUGCUUAUCGUGGAUUCCAUGGUCACGCGAGGAGAUUUGAAAGGUAAAAAGAGUCUGCGCUACGCAGGGCUGCAUGCUUCCACGCUGAGAGCUUAUCAGAGAGCACUGAAAGGCUUCCUAUCCUAUGCCAACAAAUCUUCGGUCAAACUUUUUCGCUCCUCUCAAUUGGAUGAAUGUGUCAGUGCCUACUUGGACCACUGCUUCCAGGAAGGCGAACCUUUGAGCUAUGCAGGGCAUUUGCUGUCAGCCCUCAAGCGAUUUCACCCUUAUCUCAAAUUCAAGUUGCCCGAGUCUUCACAAUUCUAUAAGAAUUGGACCAAGACUUAUCACCCCACGAGGGCCAUACCGGCCUCCUGGGAGUUAACUGAGGCGUUGAUGGGCUACGCCGUAUGUCACCAUCAGGAAGAACUGGGGUUGCUCAUUGGUCUCGGUUUCAUUGGGAUGCUGCGCACAGCAGAAAUGCUAGCUCUGACGUUCCAGCAUCUCGUAAUCCACCGAGACCAUCACUCCGUGAGCAUGGUUAUCCCCACUUCCAAGACAUCGUCGGGUAACCCGCAAGUUAUCCAGGUUUCGGACCACCAAAUGGUGAGAAUGAUUCUUCGCUUGCGUGGCAAGCAUCACAAGCGCCUCCUCUGGGCGAAGUCUAAUCAGGCAUUCCGCAACGCCUUUGAUCAGCUGGUGAUGGGACUUGGCUUUCAUAGCCGAACCUAUGUCCCUUAUGCUUUGCGCCGGGGAGGUGCCACUUAUCAUUUUCAAACAUUUCGAAAUCUGGACCUCACUGUCCAACAGGGACGGUGGGCGUGCCCCAAGACUGCCCGCCAGUAUCUUGACAGCGGUACCUGUCAGCUGGCACACGUGCAUUGGUCACGUACGCAAGCUAAGCGUGUCCUUAAGUACAGACUUAAGGGACGUGAUUGGCGGCUGCGCCAGAAAAAUGGGAAACUGGAGUACUGA